CCCGGAUAUACUUAAUAAUUUUCUCGCAAUAACUCAUUUAUCCAACUUAAUUUUGUCCAAAGAAAAAAAUGCCCAACAAACUCCCUCCAUCCAGCUGCAUUUUCUGAGAAAAUUGCAUCACAUUAUUUUUCUGAUAACAUAUUUUGUUCUCAUUAAUCUCGACACACCCCCACAUCACCAUCCAAAAACAGAGAGAGAAAAAUACAUAGGAGAGAGAAAGUUAGAAAGAGGGGAGAGAAAGAGAGAGACACCUCCCACUUUCCUCAUAUUAUUCAUCCCCAAAUUUUAAUUAUUUUUUGUUUGAUUUAAUCAGCUUCAAUUUUCAUAUAGGAUCCAAACAACACCCAGCUACUCCACCGUCUUCCUCCCUUUUUCUUUUUAAUUUUAUUUUCAAUAAUUGUUUUCUUUUAUUUUUGUUUGAAAGCUACUCUUCAACAAAACCACCAUUAAAGAUAACCUUUGUUUUUGUUAAUCUGAGCUCCAUUGAUGGAUCUUUCUUAACAACUCAAGCUGUUUACUUUCAAUUUCAGAUUCUGGGUAACGCUGAUUUCUCUCUGUUCUCCCCUAAUUUGGUUGCAUUCCUAAUUUUAAAGCUCAGAUUUUUUGGGCUUUUUGUUAAUAUAUAUAUAUAAAAUAAUUCAGGUUAAGGGAUUUUUCUUUGAUUUCUUCGUUGUUGCAUUUCUGAAUUCAAAACCCUUACUUGGAAUUUGAAGCCUGUAAAAGAAGAGGGAGAUUAAGGUGGGUUAGGGUAGCUUUAAUUCAAAUUUCUAAAAUUCAGAUCUGACCUUUUUAUUAAUCGAUAUUAAUCACUUUUUUGUUGAUUAAUUCCGUUGAAUUUUGGUGAUUUGUUGUUGUAUGUUGUAAUGGGUUUGUGUUGUAGAGAUCUGAUUUGUUCUAGGGUGUAGUAUUGUAAUCUUUGAAAAAUUCUUCAAUUUUUGGGGUUUGUGUUUGUUAGUGUAAUUAUUUUGGAGUUUAUUAUAAUGGGGAUCUAUGAUGUUGGGGGCUCUUUAUGGGAUGUGGAUUUGAAGUGUUUGGAUUGAAUUUUACACUUGAAAUUUUCAUCAUGUUAAAGCAAAUCCUUAGCAAGAUUCCUAGGAAAUCCUUCAAAUCUGAUAAUGGGGACCCUAUGUUGAACACCAAUAUGAAUGGUUCUGGCAAUGGUACUCCCCGGUCACAAAACGGCAAUUCUGCUUCGGGCAAAGCGAAUGCCACAAAGCGCACAUCGUCUGCUGUGUUCCCUACUAGUGUGGUUGCAGGGAUUGAGCCCCUUGUGUCUUUCAAGGAUGUGCAGAAUUCAGAGAAGAUGAACUUGUUCCUGAGUAAGUUGAAUCUUUGUUGUGUAACAUUCGACUUCUAUGAUCCUAGUAAGAACACUUCAGAGAAGGAUAUCAAACGGCAAACACUGAUUGAACUUGUUGAUUUUGUUGCCUCGGGUCCGCCUUCAAAGUUCCCCGAGCCUGCUAUAUUUGCCAUGUGUAGAAUGUGUUCUGUUAAUCUCUUUCGAGUUUUUCCACCAAAUUAUAGGUCUGGUGGAGGUGGUGCUGAGAAUGAUGAUGAUGAGCCUAUGUUUGAUCCUUCUUGGACACACCUGCAGAUUGUGUAUGAUUUGUUGCUUAAGUUUAUUACUUCACCUUCGCUUGAUGCAAAGGUAGCAAAAAAAUACAUAGACCACUCAUUCAUUGUGAAGCUGCUUGAUCUCUUUGAUUCCGAAGAUCCAAGGGAAAGAGAAUGUUUGAAGACUAUCCUUCAUAGGGUGUAUGGUAAAUUCAUGGUUCACAGACCAUAUGUUCGGAAGGCAAUGAGCAAUAUAUUCUACCGGUUUGUGUUUGAGACUGAGAAACAUAAUGGAAUUGCAGAACUGUUGGAAAUCUUUGGGAGUGUUAUUAGUGGGUUUGCCUUGCCUUUGAAAGAGGAGCACAAGAUGUUUUUGUGGAGAGCUUUGAUUCCUCUGCAUAAACCUAAAUCUUUAGGUGUCUAUUUCCAACAACUGUCUUACUGCAUUACACAGUUCAUAGACAAGGAGCCAAAACUAACUAGCACCGUGAUAAAAGGUUUGUUGAAGUACUGGCCAAUUACAAACAGCCAAAAGGAAGUCAUGUUCUUGGGUGAGUUGGAAGAGAUAUUAGAAGCUACCAACAUGCUUGAAUUCCAAAAGGUCAUGAUUCCAUUGUUUUCCCGGAUUGCGUGUUGUAUAAACAGCUAUCACUUUCAGGUGGCUGAAAGGGCACUGUUUCUAUGGAACAAUGAUCAAAUUCUGAACCUGAUUGGACACAACCGUGGAGUGAUCCUUCCUAUAAUAUUCCCAGCGCUGGAGAGGAAUGCUCAAAAUCAUUGGAACCAAGCGGUGCUGAACCUAACUUUGAAUGUGAGGAAAAUAUUCCAGGAAAUGGAUGAGGCGCUGUUUGUUGAGUGUCAGAUGCAGUAUAGGGAGGAUGAGGCAAAGCUAUCCUCAAUUGCAGAGCAACGUAAAGUGAAUUGGGAGCGUUUAGAGAAUGCUGCUGCACGUCUACAGCCGAUAACAGGAAAUAUUGCUGUUUUAGUAACAUCUGCGCCUUCAAUUGCCUGCUAGUAUGUUUUUGGUUCUCUUUCUAGUUGUUUUUGACCCCGUGCUUUUCUUCAAGUUCAAAUGGGGGGGUUUGGUGGGAGAAACCAGAAGGAAUGUAUGAGAGGUGUAAAGGCUAUUUUGGCUGUUGGGCACUUUUUUGAAUGGAUUGCCCUACCUAGUGAAAAUGUGAAAUAGCUCUGCUCUGUUGUUGUAACUUGUUUUUCAUCUUCUUCUUGUCAUGCUUUCUCCUUGAUGUCAUCUUAUGUACCUGAUUGGCACCAGCCAAGUUAGUAGUGAGAAAGGGUUUUUGCCCAUUCCUUACCAAUUGUAAAAA